AUGACUUCCAUAAUGUUUUGGAAUUGUAGGGGGGAAAGGAAGAAAGAGGCCUCCCGCUAUUUGAAGGAAUGCAUUAAAGAUUUUGAUUUGAUCUUUGUUGGAUUAUCUGAAACUAAGAUAUCCCUUUUUGAUAGAAAAGACUGUGACAAGUUUAUAGGAAAGCUUUGGGAUUUUUACUGUUAUCCGGCUGAAGGUAUUUCAGGUGGACUCAUUGUUUGUUGGAGAAAGGUUCUUGCCACUUUUUCCAUCUUGGUGGCUUCUCCUCAAACAAUUAUUGGGGAAUUGUACAUUGCAAACAAGGGAAAAUGGAUUAUUGCUUCUGUAUAUGGAAACAAUGAUUUAUACAAGAGGAAGAACCUAUGGAACACGCUUGAAGGCAUAUCCAACCCAGUUUUUCCAAUUAUCAUUGGAGGUGAUUUCAACUGCAUUCUAUCUCAGAAGGACAAACUAGGAGGGAAAAGAUUCAAAUACACUCAAGGAGUCCAAGACUUCAACAAUUUCAUUAGUUCAUGCGAUCUUCAUGAACUAAAGUUUAUUGGUCCAAGGUACACUUGGUGCAACAACAAGACAGGGGGAGCUAGAAUCAUGGAAAGAUUAGAUAAAUGCUUCUUGACUUCGGCUGCUUUGCUUUCUAUUAUAAAUCCAGUGGUUAAACAUCUUCAUAGAAUAGCGUCUAAUCAUUGCCCCAUUCUUGUAAACUUGUUUAAUCCAGCUAUUCGUAGAAAAAGGUUCAUCAAGUAUGAAGAAGUUUGGUCCUCUUAUGCCGCUUCUACAGAAGAAGCAGAUGCAGGGGGGUUGACUGAAUACAAAUUACAAUUGCUGAGAUCCAAAGUUCUACUGUUGAACAUAACAUUAUCACGUUUGAACACCUGGUGGAAGCAGAGAGCAAAAACAAAAUGGCUGAGAGACGGUGAUUCAAACACCAAAUGUUUUCACGCCUAUGCUACGGGAAGGAGGUGUUCUAACUGGAUUAAUCAAAUCAAAGGAGGUAAUGGCGAAAUAACUUCUGAUCUAUCAGAAGUGGAAGAUAUCUUUUUCAGCUUUUUCAAAAACAAAUGGAGAGAAAAAGAUUGCUGUCUUUCUGGUUGGCCGAAACCAUUCAAUGUACUUAAUGAAUUAGACAAGGAAGUCCUAUUGAAAGAUUUUAAAAAAGAAGAGCUUGAUGAGGUGGUUAAACAUCUAGAAACAAGUAUUUCUCCUGGUAUAGAUGGGAUUUCUUACUCCUUCAUCAAAACCUUUUGGUCCAUCAUUAGCAAUGAUGUAUGGAAGGCUAUUAUAUCUUUCUUUGAACUAGGAAUCAUGUGUCCUAGUUGGAAGGAGAACUUGAUAACAUUAAUCCCAAAAACAGGAAAUUCGAUGCUCCCUUCUAAUUUCAGACCUAUUAGUCUGUGUCUUUCAAUUUACAAAUUGAUAGCCAAGAUGUUAUUAAACAAAAUGUUAUUCAUCAUCCCAAAACUCGUUUCAGAAGAACAAGCUGCUUUUAUCAAAGGCAGAUCUAGCUCUGAACACAUUCUGUUAGCUCAAGAAGUUUGCAACAAAUUUAGAUUUUCCAAAGCUAAAAAAGGGCUAAUGGCUAUCAAAAUUGACAUGGAACCAGCUUAUGAUAGUAUGAGUUGGUCUACUCUCACUCAAGUCUUGAAGAAUUUGGGGUUCCCAGAUAAGUUUGCUAAUUUCCUCAUCCAAUGUGUUUCAAAUACUAAAUUCUCUAUUAUUAUUAAUGGAAAUUAUUCGGAUUGGAUUGAAGCCAAAAGGGGAUUUAGGCAAGGUUGUCCUCUUUCUCCCUUUCUCUUCAUUUUAUGCUCUCAGCUUCUCUCAGAUGAGGUUAAGCGAAAUGGAAAAGAAUUGGGAAUUAGGAUAGCUCCUAAUGUUGAGAAUAUUUCUCAUCUUCUUUAUGCUGAUGACAUAGUUUUCUUCUUGAAAGCGAAUGGGAGUUGUGUGAAGAAAGCAAAGGAAAUUUUAAAUCGGUACUGUAAAUGGACUGGGCAAAGAAUCAAUAUCCAAAAAUCUUCCAUUCUCUUUGCUUUAUCCUUAAUGGCUGGUAAUGAUCCUUUUACUGGUAACAUUUACUGUUCAGUGGUUUAUUUAAAUUGGAUUAAUAGGAAUAAAGUGACUCAUAAAAGUAAUGAAGACUGCUCCUCUUUCAUAGCUGCCAAUGCUUUCAGUAUGGCUUUAGCUUCCUUAAAAAAUAAUUCGGUUUACUGGGAAACUAACCAGCUUUCACAGCUAUUAAGCCAUUGGUUUCCUCCUCCAACCGAAUGGGUUAAAUUGAAUAUAGAUGCUGCUGUUAAAAGUAACUAUGAUGCUGGAAUAGGCGGAGUUCUACAUGAUCAUAAAGGCAGAUUUCUUUGUGCUUUUGGUAUCAAACAUAAGCAUUGGGAUUCAACCCAAAUGGAAAUGAAAGCCAUCUUAUCAGUGCAGGAACAGGUAGGGGAGCCUCCUCCUCCUCAGCUCCCUCGGCUUCCUCAUGCCCCGGGUGGAGACGAGAACUAUGAAGAAUAUGAAAGGAGUUGUUGGAGUAGAAAGCAGGCUGGAAAUUUGGAGAAGAAGGAUAUUGGAGGUUAUAUUUAG